AGCACGCCUAUGUUUUCUCCUGCCAGCUCAUAUAGGCUAAAGAACAAAGAAGUAACGACCCUACGAUACAGAUGUAGUGGGGUUUUCUCAGAUGAAAUAAUUCACCGUUGUUAAAAGUGAUGAUGUCGGACAAAAAUGGUGGAGACAGCACUUCAACAGUCUUGAUUCUCUUCUUCAUCCUGGUCCUCCUUGUUCUUCUCCUGCUCUACCUCUACAAGCGACUGAACCAUGAAACAAAGGAUGAAUAUACCAUCCAGCGUCUUGUCUUCAGUGAGGGAGGCCUUCGUGAUCGUGUGAGGCAAGGCAUUGCAGAGGUCCAAACCAGGAUAGGUGACCGCAUAAGGUCUCAACCCCAUGAUGAAGAGCAAGCUUUGAGCAGUAAUGAAGAUGGGAAUAGUGGCAGAGAAGAAGAACGAGACGAAGAAGAAGAUGCAGGACAAGGUCAAAGUGAAAAUGAGAACAAGACAGAAGAGAAAGAAGAGGAACAUCAAGAUCAUGAUUCAUCAGAUGACUAUUCCAGCAUUGACCUAAGGGAGAGAGUAAAGCAGAAUAACAGCAAUGAAGAGGAAAUGAAAGAAGAUGAACAAGAGAAAAAAGAGGUGGCAAAAGAUGAAGGAAAAGGAGAUGACAAUAAACAAGAGGAAGAUGUGAAGAAUGAAGAAAGAGUUGGCUUACUUGUAGACUUGAAGGCAUUCUCUGGCAGUGCCAUUUGGUCUGAGGAGAAAAAGGAAGAGACUAAUGUAACAGCUUUGUGAAAUAUAGAAGGCUUUAGCCUAAAUAUGAAGCUCAUUAGAAGAAAAGUCUAGACUUGAUGAUGUUUGUCUUGCGAUGAGUGAUUUACUUUCGUCAUUCUUAAAAACCUGAUGCAUCCAUAAUAUCCAUAAGAUAGUUUAUUAGUUUUCUUAUCCAUGGCUUAUUUUAUUAGCAUGUUUUCUGUAAUGGCUGACUUUUUUGUUAUUAGAAUAUUUUUUUCAUAAAAACUGUACAUUUACUUUAAAAUAAAUACCAUUAAAUCA